AUGAAGGACGCAGUCUCUCAUCAAGCUCCAAAAGUCAUAAAGAAGAUUCAGUUCAGUUUACUGAAUAAUCAAGACACGGUGAAAAUAUCCGAAUUCGAAGUAACACAUAGGGAUCUCUAUACGCCUACAGAUCGACUACCCGUGAAAGAUGGUGUUCUUGACCGACGUUUAGGAACAACGGACAAGAAUGCAUUUUGUGAAACUUGUGGACACGAUUCCGUGAACUGCGUUGGACACUAUGCCUACAUCAAGCUGGUUGUUCCCGUGUUCCAUAUUGGUUAUUUCAAGCACACUAUUCAGAUUUUACAAUGUAUCUGCAAAACGUGUGCGCGCGUUUUGCUGGAAGAACCUGACCGCCGUCUGUAUUUGAAACGUUUUCGUCGGCCAAACCUCGAGAAUAUUCAACGACAAGGACUUUUCAAAGCCGUCAACACAAUUGCCCGCAAAAUGGUCUAUUGCUCGCAUUGUACGGCUACAAAUGGAGCCGUGAAAAAGGCUGGUGCUUUGAAGAUAAUUCACGACAAAUUUAGAGCGAAAAAGACUGCGGAAGAAAUGGAGAAGUGGAAGAAGAGUUUCGGGCCUGCAGUGGAUUCCCAGAAAGAGCUAGCGUUGUUUUUAAACAAGUCGGUUCACGAAGAUCUAAACCCCUUGAAAGUCCUGGAUUUGUUUCGGCGCAUAACAGAUGAGGAUUGCGAACUUUUGGGUUUGCAACCGGAGCAUGGUAGACCAGAAGAAUUCAUAUGGCAGUACAUCUCCGUACCUCCUCCCGCUAUACGUCCCUCUGUUGCGCAAGAUGGCGCUUCUAAUGAAGACGACCUCACUGUCAAGUUGACUGAGAUUGUCUUCACAAAUGCGUUGAUCAAGCAAGGCCUAUCGAAAGGUUCCCCAACUCCCCAAUUCAUGGAACAAUGGGAGUUCUUGCAACUAUCGGUGGCAAUGUACAUCAAUUCUGAACUUCCCGGAGUACCUUCUCAGAUGGGCCAGAAGCCUAUCCGUGGAUUUGUGCAGCGCCUGAAAGGAAAACAAGGUCGAUUCCGAGGGAACCUUUCUGGUAAAAGAGUGGAUUUCUCCGGUCGGACGGUCAUUUCACCCGACCCGAAUCUACGAAUCGAUGAGGUCGCAGUGCCCGAACGUAUUGCAAAGAUACUUACUUAUCCAGAACGUGUAACACCACACAACAUAGAAUCGUUAAAGCAGGCCAUUCGAAACGGUACCGACGUCCAUCCCGGUGCGAAUUAUGUAUCGAACGAUAGAGGCAAGAAAUACCUCAAGUUUGGCAACCAAGCGCUCAUUGCAGAUACUUUGGCUAUCGGCGAUGUAGUAGAAAGACAUAUCGUCGAUGGAGACAUCGUCCUGUUCAAUCGUCAACCCAGUUUGCAUAAGUUGUCCAUAAUGUGUCAUCGAGUGAAAGUGCGCCCAUGGCGAUCAUUCCGAUUGAACGAAUGCGUUUGUGGACCUUACAAUGCUGAUUUCGACGGCGACGAAAUGAAUCUUCAUGUUCCCCAAACCGAGGAGGCCAGAGCGGAAGCCCUCGAGCUCAUGAGUGUCAAGCACAACCUUGUUACGCCGCGAAACGGUGAACCGGUCAUUGCAGCCAUUCAAGACUUCAUCACUGCCUCCUACCUGAUGACUCGGAAGGAUCAAUUUUUUGAUCGUCGUCAAUUCACACAAAUCUGCUGUUACUUCGCCGAUGCUAAUCUUCAUAUCGACACACCUCCGCCCACUAUAUGGAAGCCUGUAAGGCUCUGGACAGGAAAACAGAUAUUUAAUGUCCUUAUGCGGCCCAACAAACAGUCGAAGAUCUACGUGAAUGUCGAGAGCAAGUGCCAUCGAUGGGAGGAGGCAAAGCCGGAGAAUUACCCCAAGAGGAUGAAGUUGGCGAAGGAUAUGUCUCCAAAUGACGGGUGGUUGGUGAUCGUGAAUAGCGAAGUCAUGUGUGGAGUCAUGGACAAGGCAGUUGUUGGUAGCGGAAAGAAGAAGUCGAUCUUCGGUGUCAUUAUGAGAGAUUAUGGACCGCAUGAGGCUGCUGCAACAAUGAACAGAGUGGCAAAACUAUGUGCUCGGUGGUUAGCCAACUAUGGGUUCUCGUUGGGAAUUAACGAUGUCAUUCCUGGACCAGAACUCUCUCAAAAGAAGGAUUUUCUUGUCGAGAAGGCGUACGCAGAGUGCCAGGACCUUAUCGAGAAAGCGAAGAAGGGCAAAUUGGAGAACAAGCCGGGUUGUGAUCAAGAACAAACUCUAGAGGCAAUGAUAUCCUCCGUCCUUUCGAAAGUUCGUGAGGAAGUCGGUCAAAUCUGUAUGAAGGAACUAAGCCGACAAAAUGCUCCAUUAAUCAUGGCUACUUGCGGUUCAAAAGGCUCCGUCAUCAAUGUCUCCCAGAUGGUUGCCUGUGUCGGACAGCAGAUUAUAGCCGGGAAACGUGUUCCAAAUGGCUUUCAAGAUCGCUCCCUUCCCCAUUUCCCUAAGAAAUCGAAAGAACCUCCUUCCAAGGGUUUCGUGCGGAAUUCCUUUUACUCUGGACUCGUUGCAACGGAAUUCCUCUUCCACGCUAUUUCUGGAAGAGAAGGAUUGGUCGAUACUGCCGUGAAAACAGCUGAGACAGGGUACAUGCAACGAAGGCUGAUGAAAGCAUUGGAAGACUUAACCACCCAGUACGAUUUGUCCGUCAGAAAUUCGACCGGCGGUGUGGUACAAUUUGAAUAUGGUGACGAUGGUUUGGAUCCGGCAUGUUUAGAAGGAGAUGCUCAACCGUUGGACAUGGAGAGAGCUUGGCGACAUUCGGAGGCCAUGGCUUCGCACUCUUCGCAAGCAGGCCGCCCUCUACUUCCUUUUGAGAUACUUGAGGUUGUUGACCGUCAACUAAAGUCCAAGAAAUACCGGUCAGAGUGCACACAAACAUAUCUGAGCACUAUUCGGAGCUUUAUCGUGGAAAGGGCUGUGGACAAGUUGAUGGAAAUAAGAAAGAGUCAAGGCUUGUUCGAUGCGCUGGAAAGGUAUGAGGAAUGGGAUGAUAAUAUGGAUCUGGAUGCCGGAGUUGACGACGCGGUGAAAUAUUUGAUCAACAGCAGAAUUAAGGUUACCGAGGCACAACUUCUCCUCUUCCUUGAACUUUGUUGGGUUAAAUAUGUCAAAGCUCGCAUUGAACCUGGAUCUACUGUUGGUGCCGUCGGUGCUCAAUCCAUCGGUGAGCCGGGAACCCAGAUGACACUGAAGACCUUCCACUUCGCCGGAGUUGCAUCCAUGAAUGUUACUCUCGGUGUCCCACGUAUUAAGGAGAUCAUUAACGCCGCGAAGGCCAUCAGUACCCCGAUCAUUUCGUGCAAGCUCGUCACAUCGGACAGUGAAGCGAGUGCGCGCAUUGUCAAGGGAAGAUUGGAGAAGACCUUGCUUGGAGAUAUCGCUUCCCUUCUUGAGGAGGCGUGGGCGCCUGAUUACACUUACGUCGGGGUCAUCGUUGAUACAACCGCAAUACAAAAACUUCAGCUGGAGUUGACGUUAGAUGAUAUCAAAUGGGCCAUUGUUGGCGCCAGGAAGCUGAAGAUCAAGCAGGAAAGCAUCAUAAUUGUCCCCCGCAAGAACCGAUUGAGGAUUUAUGUCGAUGGGGAGGAUAAAUUCUAUAGAUUGAGGGAGAUGAAGAGAGGGUUGCCAGAGGUUGUGGUCAAGGGCGUCCCCUCUAUUCAUCGAGCUGUGAUCAACAUCAAAGACAGAGAUGAUUUGAGGGGGAAGAAAGGAGACAAGGAACUACUGGUGGAAGGAUAUGGGUUGCAGAAGUGUAUGGUGACGGAAGGAAAGCCGAAAACACCGGAUGGCAUUUGCUAA